AUGUCAAGUUCAGAAACUCAUAAUAGAUACUAUGGAGAGAAAUCAAUUUGGAUGCAUAUUGGUUCUGGUUCUUUUCAUAGAGCACACCAAGCUGUCUAUUUGCAAAGGAUAAUGGAUCUCGGUGAGAACUGGUCAAUUGCUCUCGGAAAUAUCAGAGAUGACACUGAGGAGAUGUUGAUACAGCUCGAUCUCCAGCACCAGAAAUACACCCUUGAAACUGUUACUCCACAUGGCGAACGUUCUUACCAAGUCAUUACCUCUAUCAAAAAAGUAUUACCAUACCGUCCAGAUUGCAAGUUUCUUAUCGAUCAAGGAGUACUACCAGAAACCAAAGUUAUUUCAUUGACUGUAACUGAAAGUGGAUAUUAUCAUGAUGUUCAUUUUGAUAUUAAAUAUGAUCAUCCAGAUAUUAUUGCGGAUCUUGGUGGUGAUACUAAAACCAUAUAUGGAGCGAUUCGUGAGAUUCUCAAAGAGAGACAUGCAAAGGGAGAGCCAGUUACCUUGCUGAGUUGUGACAAUGUCAGACACAAUGGGUCCAUCUUGAAGCGAUGUCUGAUGGAGUUCCUCGAGAAGUGUACUUCCAAGGAUCUGGUGAUUUGGGUCGAGCAGAAUGUCCGUUGUCCAAAUACGAUGGUCGAUAGAAUCACACCGCACCCAUCGGUAGCGCUGCUCGAACGUGUCAAAAAGCAGAAUCUCGGCUUCGAAGACAAGAUUCCAGUCAUGUCGGAAUCGUUUAUUCAGUGGGUGAUUGAAGAUUGUUUCUGUGAUGGUCGUCCUCCACUUGAGAGGGUCGGUGUCGAGCUCGUAAAGUCUGUGGAGCCCUAUGAAGAUGCCAAAAUCAAGAUAUUGAAUUCCUCGCAUGCUCUGUGUGCCUGGGCCGGUACACUGAUUGGUCUGACCUACAUCAACGAGGACAUCACUGACACAGACAUUCACAAGUAUGUCUAUGACUAUGUGACCACCGACAUCAUUCCACUCUUGAAACUCGAGUCCAGUCCACUCGACCUCGAGAAGUAUCGUGACAUUGUGCUCGAGCGAUUCAGUAAUCCUCAUAUUGCAGACACCAACCAGCGAGUCAGCGGUGACGGAUGGACAAAGAUUCCAGGAUUCUUUGUUCCAACCAUCAUGCGUUGCUACGAGAAGGGUAUAGAUCCAACAGCAACCAUCAGAAUCGCUGCUAUCUACUAUCUAUUCUUUAUGAGAUGGCACAAGAAUCAACUCCCGUUCAACUAUCAUGAUGGAUGCAUGGUGCCUGAAGAUGCACACAAGUUACUCUCUGCCAGUGACCCAAUCGAGGCAUACUCCAAAGAGAAACGAUUAUUUGGAAAGCUUGUAGACAACUCUAAGUUCAACAGCUCACUUAGAAAUGAAAUCAAAAACAUGACCGAGUGGUUAGAAAAAAGAAAUAUUGGUCAUUCUGCACAAUAA